AUGGUUCGACAAGACGCCGGAGUGAUGAUCGGAGAAGAUGCUCUGUCCUACUGCUCAGGGCAGAGCACUUCCGAUUCAUCAUUUCGAACAAUGAAAUCGACUUCAUUAUCGAGCUCCUGGCAUUCUAUGGCAUCUCCACACACUUCUGACGUACAAGGCGUCUCGUUCUUCCGGCCAUUCAGCUGGUUUGUAUGGCGUCAGACUGAGAAGGACUUGAAGAAGAAACAGGACAAAGAAACUGUCGAUGAAAUAAUGAAGUGCUUCCGGAACAACGACGUCGACGGAAUGGAGAAGUUUGUUGAAAAAAAGACUCGCGAGUCUGUGUCGUCAAUGAAAAACGACGAGUUUUGGUGGGAUGACGACGAGAUUUCGUAUUGGAAGCAUCGAACUACUCCAGCACAAGAUGAGCUUCCUGAGGAUCUAAUUUGA